CAUAACGUUAGCUAGUUUUGAAAGAGUUAACGUUAGCCCUCCUGUGCCGAGUGGUGUUUUCUUAACGUGCUUCAUGUAGCGUUAGCGACGAGUUUGUGGUGAAACGAGUUAAGCAAUGUCUGUUGGCUAGCUCAGGAUAUCAGUAGUGUGAAUAGUCCUUAUCUUACAGUAUUUGGGAGUUUUAUGGCACAACUAGGUCAUAUUAACUUAAUAUAUUUCACGAGUGAGUAAACAUUUUAAUAGAAGUAGCUAACGUUAACGUUAGUGUUAGUAGUCAUCAGCAUCUUCAUACUUGACAUCGUUGGACUUGACGUGAAGUUUAGUUUUAUCAGUGUAUCAGCGCAGCCAUGAGGAAUCUUUGGACCAAAGCAGGUGUUUUAGGUUCGAUGUCAAUGGCUUUUGGUUCACUACUGUGGUCACAGAAGAAGACUGAACCGGACCAGGUUGGUUCCAGUUGCACAUCUGCUGACACAAAUCUCAGUUCUCACUAUGAACUUAAACUGGUCCAAGUCCUGUUCCGACAUGGCGCUCGAACGCCACUGAAGUCAAUACCUGAUGUGAUAGAGGCCCAAUGGGUGCCAACGCUCCUGGAGCCUCCAGCACACACCCACAUCAACUAUGAAGUGACAGAUCUUCAUGGUGGCCCCAGACCCCCAGCUCCUGUAGAAGACAGCUAUCGUAAAAACACACUGAACGGUGGCACGUUCCCUGGUCAGCUGACCACAGUGGGCAUGCAGCAGCUGUAUGAGCUAGGCAAGAGGCUGAGGAAGAGAUACAUUGAGGAGAUUCCUCUCCUUAGCUCAACCUUUAGCCCAGCCGAGGUCUAUGUGCGCUCCACUAACAUUGUAAGGACCAUUGAAUCUGCCAAGUGCCUGGUAGCAGGGCUGUUUGAGCAAAAACAACAAGAAAUUGUGCCUAUAUUAACAACGGAGGCAGAAUCUGAAAUCCUGUAUCCUAACUACCAUGGAUGCAAGCUGCUCAAACUCCUUGCCAGCCACCGCUGGGCAGAGUCGUCCACGCUGCCAGACAUUGCAGCAGAUCUGCAGAGCAUCCAGAGCGCGUUGGGCAUUGCUGCUCACCAGCACAUUGACUUCAUCCUCAUUAGGGACGACAUGGUUGCCAGAGAGACGCACGGCCUGCCCUGCCCAUCAGUGCUGGACACCUGGAGGAAUAAAGUGGAACAGAGAGCUGUGGACAUGAUCUACCAUGUGUAUGAACCCAGCAACAGGAAGAACUUGCAGCUGUGUGUGGGACCCCUCCUGCAGACAUUGUUAGCCAACAUUGAGGAGAAACUAGGGGACAUCUCAUCAGAGCCAAAAAGGAAGUUGUUUUUGUACUCUGCACAUGACACUACUUUGAUACCCUGUCUGAUGUCUCUGGGGAUUUUUGACAUGAGAUGGCCACCAUAUGCUGCCGAUAUCACUCUGGAGCUGCACCAACACCGGCAGACCAACAGGUCCUUUGUUAAAGUGUCAUACGUAGGAGAGGAUCAACUUAUACCAGGGUGUAGUGGAGUCUACUGCCCCCUGGAGGAGUUCAAACAAGUCCUCUCAGCAUACUCCCUGAGCUCUGAACUCUACCGCUCGCUUUGUAACAGCACAGAGGGCUUGACCGAACCCUGAACAAACCUUCACAGCUCAGCACAGUGCUACCAAUGGCAUUACACUCCGACAGUUACCAUGCAUAAUUUUCUUUUUUCUUUUCUUUUUACAUCCUCCGUUCUCACUCCAUCCAGCUACCAUCACCAGGGGAAACUUUCUUGGGAGUCCUGGAUUACAGCCACCUUUUUCAGACUUUUAAUUUCAUAAUUCCUGAUUUCCAUGUAUCCAUGGCAGUAAAAUGUUCCAAUCAGGUAGAUCAAUUGUUAUGGUAUAUUGACCAGUCCCUCCAGUAAAACGUGCUUAUGCGAUCGCAUAAUUCAAUGCAUAAUCAGCCAAAGUCCGCAUAUUUAUGCGGGAGCCGCAUUUUU